UGGCACCGGUGGCGCCGAGGCUGAACCGGCUGCCCAGGAAACACAUCCCAGCUCGACCCGAAGUCCGGAACUCUCGCUGGAUGUGUGCAGAGCAUGGCACCCAGCUCUGCUGGCACCCCGCUCUCCUGGCUGGGCGCUGUUUGGGGAGGGGGCGUGCGUGGGGCAAAGAAAGACUCCUUCCUUCCCCUGUCCCACUGGUGGAUCUCGACAGUGAGUUCCUGGGACGGGAGCGGCACCAAAUCCAGGCCGGGCUCCCCGAGCCGUGAGUCAUCCUGGGCUGGGUCGGCUGGGAAGGCCCCGCUCCUCUUCCUGCGAACCAGAGGAACUUUCGUGCCCCGAGCGGUCAGCAGCGGGCAGCCCCCCCAACACGUGGGUGUCCUCCUCGUGGCACUGUCACCAGUGUCCCACCGUGUGCUGCGUUCUGGCCCCGGCCUCGGCUGGCAGCAGUGGCGUCCUCAGCACUCCCAGGGAAACUGAGGCACGCUGAGGGGUAGAAAUGUUCCUCGGGUUCUUCCCGGCGAGGGCAGAGUCAGGGAGAAGUCCGGGUGCUCACAGCAUUUGGAAAACCUCGGAACAUGUGUCAGUGCAGGAAUCUGCAGGCAGGAUAGGGAGCGUGCUCUGAGGUCCCCCACAGGGUGAGGAGGGUGCAGAGGGCUGGGAGAUGGCAGAGCCAGGCUGGGAGAUGGCAGAGGGCAGCGGGGACAUGGCCCGGGGUGGGAUUCACCCCUGUCCCCCCUACACAGCCCGGGGUAGGGGGCUGCGGUUGGCUGCCAGCAAGGGCUGGUGGUUAAUGAGUAACAUCCGUGGGAUGUACGGCAGCGCCUCGGGACCGGGAAGGGGACGUGGAGUGUACGGCGGCUUGGGAACAGGGUUUCCUGUUGCAGUGAGAGCACAAAGCCCGUGCUGAGAGUGUGGGGGUCCCUGAGCCCCCUCUCCGUGCCUGGGCUCCUCCUGAGCCACCUUCUCGCCCAGGAGUCCCCCCAGCUCCACGGGUAGGCAAAGGGCUUCGGGUGGAGGGGGAAGCGAAAGUCGCUGCGUGGAGGGGGUUUGGGGAGGGGGAGCGGGUGGGGGGCGGCUGCUCCCCCUCCCCAGGUGCCGUGUCCUUGCCCUGUGUGGCUUUCCCCGGCCACAACACAGCUGUGACCUCGGCUUUCCCGGGGUGACCUGCCGGAGGGUCCCCAUGGGAUGUUUCCCCCAGGAGGGAAGUGGGAAAAGCAGAAGGAGAAGAAGAGGGAAACCUGGAAAUUGGGAUUGGAAGGAUUCAGGGCACGGCUGGGCUGGAGGAGCUGCUGUGACUGAUGGCAGGAGGGGACAGGCAGAUCCCCCGCCUGGAGCUCCUCCUGGGCUGUGGGAGGAGGGAGCAGAGCAGCUUCUCCUGCAGGCUCUCAGCAGAUCCAGGCAUGCCUGGCUUAAGGCUUACGCUCCAGGUUGGCGCUUCCAGCCAGCAGCUGCCUCCCAGGGCUGAGCAGAAAUACAGGUUUCAUGGGGAAGGAGGAUGGGGAUUAACCUCGAGGGUGGCAAAAGAAGAGAUUGUUUUUCCCCUCCUUCCAAUAAUCCCACUAGGACUGUGGGGGAAAGCCCAGCAGCAUUCCCAGAACUGCUGUGUGCAUUUCCCACCGGGCAUUGACCCUUCGGAGUAACCUCGGGAUCUGUUUGCUCCGGGCAGCACGGACUCAAAAGCACUUCUGGAAGGCAUCAGCCUCCAGCCACCAUGCUCGGUGCCUUCCUGGGGCGGCUCCGUGAGGGCUCCCACCCCACACACCGCCGCGGGUGCUCCCGCCGCAGGGCUCGGGGCAGGCCGCAGGCGUUUGUUUGCUCCGGCCGCGACGUUGCCCAGUGACGCCGGCUUCCUUCCCCUCGCAGGCUUCUCGGAGUCUCUCAGCUCCACCUCCGCCCUGCGCCUUCGGCGGCUCCGCGCGGCCCAGGCCCGUGGGGAACGCGCUGCCCGCGGGGGAUCGGGGCCCUCAGGCGGCUCCGCGCCCGCCCGUUCGCCUGAGGGCGCGGCGCGCCGGGCCCGCUCCGCCCGGGGGUCCCGCCGCUGCCCGGCCCCUCGGCUGCGCCCUGAGACGCCGGCGCUGCGGGAUCCGCCGCGGGAUCGGGCCUUGGCCCCGGGCGGGGCCGGCGGAACCGGCAGCGAGGUGACUGUUCCAAGAUGUCCCUCUGGAAUCUCGUGUCCCACAUGCCACCAGAGGAGUUCAGCAGCCUCUCCACGGAGUUUCCCCGGAGCCUGCGCUGUCUCCUGGCCGAGUGGCUGGAGAACCAGCCCUGGGAGUUCAUCAAUGGCUCAGACGCCUUCUGCAGCAGCAUGGCCAGCAGGAUGCUCUCAGACAUGCUGGAGAAACUCCGCAGCGCUGCCGGCAGCGAUGGGCAGCAGUGCCAGAUCCUGCAGCAAGUCAGCAACAUCGAGAACACCUUCCGCCGGGACCCGCUGCGCCUGGUGGCCGUCGUGAGAGCCAUCCUGGAGGGUGAAAAAGCAGCCGUGCUCAAACGGGACCACCACCUGCCCCUCAGCUUCCACCGGCGGCAGGAGGAGCUGAAGUUCAGCCUGGGGCUGCAGCGGCUGCAGCACCGAGUCCGGGAGAUCCAGGCGCUCCAGGAGGAGGGGCCGGGGCGGGACGGGGCUGUGCAGAGCCCCGUGGCUCCCCGGGAACUGCCCACCCUCAUCCUGGAGGCUGUGAAGGAGCUGGAGGCGGCCAAACAGCAGGUCCUGAAGAGGAUCCAGAUUUGGAAGAGACAACAGCAGCUGGCAGGGAAUGGGGCCAUCUUUGAGGAGAAUCUGGCACCGCUGCAGAAGAGGUGUGAGAACCUGGUCGAGGUUUACUUCCAGCUGCAGCAGCAGGUGAUGGCAGCGAGCACAGAGCUGGGGCCUGAGCUGCUGCCCCGGCUCCUGGAGCGCUUCAAGGAGGUGCUGUCCGGCCUGGUCAAGAGCUCCUUCCUGGUGGAGAAGCAGCCCCCACAGGUGCUGAAGACCCAGACCAAGUUCCAGGCGAGCGUCCGGUUCCUGCUGGGCCCGCGGCUGCUGAAGGCAGCGCCCAAGCCCUACAUGGUGAGGGCUGACAUGGUGACAGAGAAGCAGGCACGGGAGCUGGAGCUCAGCAACUACAGCAACACCCUCAGUGAGAGCACAGGGGAGAUCUUGCACAACAUGGUGGCCCUGGAGACCAACCCCACCAGCGGGAACUGCUGUGCCAACUUCAAAAAUGUGCUGCUGAAGAAGAUCAAGCGCUGCGAGCGGAAGGGCUCAGAGUCGGUGACAGAGGAGAAAUGUGCUGUCCUGUUCAGCACCAACGUCACCUUGACCCCCAGCAACGUCUCCAUCCACCUCCAGGUCCUUUCUCUGCCCAUUGUGGUCAUUGUCCACGGGAACCAGGACAACAAUGCCAAAGCCACUGUGCUGUGGGAUAACGCCUUCUCUGACAUUGACCGGGUGCCCUUCGUGGUGGCCGAGCGGGUGCCCUGGGACAAGAUGUGUGACACCCUGAACCUGAAGUUCAUGGCAGAGGUGCAGACCACCAAGGGGCUCCUCAAGGAGCACUACUUCUUCCUGGCCCAGAAGAUCUUCAAUGACCACAGCGCCAGCCCCGAGGACUUCCAGAGCCGCCACGUCUCCUGGGCCCAGUUCAACAAGGAGAUCCUCCCUGGCCGGGGAUUCACCUUCUGGCAAUGGUUUGAUGGAGUCCUGGACCUCACCAAGAGAUGCCUCAAAAGUUACUGGUCAGACAGGCUCAUCAUGGGCUUCAUCAGCAAGCAGUAUGUGUGCAAGCUGCUGAGCAUGCAGCCGGACGGGACCUUCCUGCUGCGCUUCAGCGACUCCGAGAUCGGCGGCGUCACCAUCGCCUACGUCAUGCGCGGCAAGGACGGCUCCAGCCAGGUGGAAAACAUCCAGCCCUUCUCUGCCAAGGAUCUGUCCAUCCGCUCGCUCGGCGACCGCAUCCGGGACCUGGGGCAGCUCCGGAACCUGUACCCCAACAUCCCCAAGGACCAGGCCUUUGGGAGUCACUACAACAAAGAGCAGACAGGCAAGGACGGCCGGGGCUACGUCUCCACUGCCAUCAAGAUGACUGUGGAAAGUGAAAGGGACCAGCAGCCUCCAAGCACCAUGGGGGCCCCCCCCGAGGCCCCCCAGGCACCGAUGUUCAACCUGCCCAUGCUGCAGCACGAGCUGCACCCUGAGAAUCUGCUGGCCCCCAUCUGCCCCCCCACUCCAUUCUGCCCCCAGCCCAUGCCCGCGGGCUACCCCACGGUUGAGAGGGACGUCAUGAUGGUGCCCAACAGGCUCACCCCCCCCUUCCACAGCCCAUCACCGAUUCUCUCGCCUCCCUCGCUGUCCCACUGCCAGGACCCUGCCUUCAGGCCCUCCGGACCCUUCGUGCCCAACCAGUACAUGCCCGGCGAGGUCUCGCAGCUGCUGCCCGCGGGUCCCUCUGCGGAGCCGCAGGACGAAGAGAUGCCCGAGCUGCCCCCGUUCCACCCCGGGGAGGAAGCGCCGCUGCAGAGCCCUCCGCGGUGGAUGUCGCCCAGCAUGGAUCAGCCAUCAGCCUCGGACUUGGAUCAGCUCCUGGAGGUGCCCCUGUUGCCCCCCUUCGCGCCCCUCCCGCAGCACAGCGGGUACCCCAAUUCCAGCCUGUCCUCCUGGGGGCUGGGGGACGCGCGGUGGGAUGACAGCAUCCGGCCGGGACACGCCUGAGGGGGGCUCCCGUGGGGUAGGGGGACAACAUCGGACUGGGACCCCCCCCCUCCACUCCCUCCCAGCCUUGCCUGGGUUCAUGGACUUGAUCCCACUCCUGCAGGAGUGGAAACUCCAGCUGGGAAAGGCGGGGUUGGGGGGAUUUGGGGUAACUCCCCCCUCAGUCCCCCCCCAUCGCCGUGCAUUGCUGGCCGCCCCCGCCGCUGCCGGGGGUCCGCGGGUGAGGGGGUGCAAGGCGCAGGGGCCCCGUCCUGCGUGGGGGGGCAGCGGCAGCCGCACGCGGUGCCCCCAGCCCACGCCGCCGGGAUGAGUCACCGCGGGGGCGGCAGGCGGCAGCGCGAACGGCGCCGGGGCGGAGGUGCCAGCCCGGUGCCCCCGGCAGGGUGGUGGGUGGGGGGGGAGGACACCGGGACCCCCAUGGAGGGGGACACGGCCCCCCUGCACCCCCGCGAUCAGCGCUUGCUUUGGGGUUUUGAGCUGUUCCUCACCCACCCCACCAGGCUGGAGCAGGGGGUAGGAAGAUAAGCCAUAAAAUAAAGUUUUAUUCCAAAAUAACAAAAUAAAU